AUCGGUUUUGUGUCAUUACAUUCCGCUAAUCCGGAGUUGUUGAUUGAUUAUUUUCCAAAAUUUGAAUUAAUAAAUAUUUGUUCGAAUACAGACAUUACAGAAAAACAGUGAUUUAUUAUUGAUUAGGCAUAAGAAGUCCAUCAGCAAUUUAAAAAUAUAGGAAUAUAUUACAAAUUUCCCAGCAUGGCUGAUAAUAAUGUGCAUUAAAGAUGAGAUUGUGGAAGUUUUAUAGCUUAAUACUUUUGAUUUUUCCUGAAAGUUUCACUCAUGGAAAAGCUGCAACCCAUUGGGUGGUCACUGAAUCCGGACGUAUCCAACCACAUCUGGAAUCUCCUUUCAAUCUACGCAAACCAUAUGACCUAGUGGCAUUGCUAGAACAAGAAGCUCGUUAUGAGGAAAUCAACAAACUCUACAAAGAUCUCAUCAACAGAAAGGAAGCUAUAGAAAGCAAAUGGUCAACAUUGGAAGGCAACUCGAAUGUUGGAUUGAAAAUAACAUCCCAUGAUCCUGAUUGUUUGGCUGCUGGAAAACUUUUUUCCGACAUUGACCUUUACGCUAACAUUGUUACCAAUGGCACAGAUAGAAAAGGAGUUGUUAUAGAAUUUUCAAAAAAUGGCAUCCCUCCUAAGCCAUGGGAAGUACCACACUGUGUCAAAUUCAGUGUACUCAAGAAAGGGUACAACAACAUACCCGAUGUGGAGAACAACACUAACAUUCACCUGUCGCCUGACGAAUCAUUGGACAAGUUCAUUCCAUUGGAGUCUUUAGAAGUAUUUGGACACGAAAUAGCUGCAUCGUUGAAGAAGAAUACCACAUCUUGGGUGCACUACAAUCUAGCUGCGAUUUUUUGGAGAGUUAAAGGUGAUGGAGAUAAGGCGAUUGAUUGUAUCAAAAGGGCUAUCCAAUAUGUUCCAAGUGAAUACCAGGAUAUUCCUCUAUACAACCUAGCCGGCAUUCUGCACCAAGCUCGUCAUUCAAAAGAGGCGGCGAUGGUGCUUCAGAAGGCCAUCGAAAUUGCUCCAGAACAAGCGAUACACUACUUGGCAAUUGGGAAUGUGUAUGCAGCUUUGGGAGACUACAACAAAUCGGUUGUGUACUAUGAUAAAUUUCUGGAGAUGAACCCUGGGCAAAAGGACGUUGUCGCUAACAAACAUGCGACGUUGUGCUAUUGGAAGCUGGAAAAGGGGCUGCUUAGUUUUCAGGAAUCGCUGCAAGGUAUACUUUCCGAUCUUCACGACUACCAUAGUCAACAACAGCAAUGGCUACGUCUUCAAGAACGACUUAUGUGGGAACAUGCCUCAUUCGAAUACCAGUUUGAAGGGCUUCAAAACAACUUGAAGUUCCCAGGUGGAAUGAUGCAACGUUGCAUUCAAAAACCGGGAGAAAAUUCCGAACCGGUGAUCUCUUGUGAAGCUUACGAUCCACCUGAAGUCGACCACCUGAAUUUGCAGAAUAUUUUUCAGUACGUUGAAAACGAAAAACAGAAGAUCCACAGUCAGAUCAACAAGGCGAGCGAGGAAAAGUUUUCUAGUCUGGAAAACGACGAAAAAAAACAGCAGUCCUCGGAAGCGCCCCCGGUGCUGUACCCCAAGUUCCCGACGUCGAUGUCUACGUCCGGUAAUCAGUACUUCGACGUGACAGGUUGGCCAACGAAAGAAGAUUGUCACGCGUGGAACUUGCCAGUGGACGAGGAGGAAGAUUUGAAAUUACCUUUAUUUUUGCCGCCGGAAAAUAAGGGUUACCAAGUACAAAAGAUCCUCUCCGAAUACAUCGGUCUACCAGACGGCUCCCAGCACGACCUGCCUUGGUAUCCGCCUGUGUGCGAGAACCCAAACGUGCUUGGCGAGAAAUUCAUCCCUCCAAGCGAGAGGCACCUGCUGAACGGCGAUCUAAAAGCUAACGAGUACCUCAAGCACUACCUCUUGAAGUACGUCAACGACGGCAGCGCCGAUGAAGCGGAAAUCGGACAGAGGAUCAUCACGGCGAUGGAAAAGAAAACGGCUCCACGCUGGGUGUUGGUAACGUUAGCCAGCCUGUAUUGGCGCAUACGCGGGAACGUUCGUCGCACUCUGGACUGUCUCGACGCUGCGCUUCAAGCGGUCCCCAGGGAACACACCGACGCCGUUCUGGUCAGCCUGGGAUCAGUUUCGCACCAGUUGGGGCUCCAGGAACAAGCGAUGAAGUUCGCCGCGCUUGCGUUCAAGAUCAACUACGUGGAGCCUAGCACGAAUUUCCUUUUGGCUUCGUUGCAUUACGCGAACAAGAAUCCUUUGCUGGCGAUGUACUACAUGAAGAACGUCCUCAGAGCAGAUCCGAACUAUUACGAGGGCCAAGCAGAGCGCCUGCUGCGAAUCUGGGGCUGCCGCAUCAAGCUAGGGGGAUACGUCGCCGCCGCGACUGCUCAACACAAAGAUGGAACCGAAGGAACUACCAAGGAGACUUGCUCCACGGGUACCGCCGGGACAUCCGGAGGUACGGCCUUCAGGGGAGAAGGAGUCGUGUGUUCCGCCAAUGGAGAGCAGUGCAAAAACGCUGCGAUUGCUUGUUACAAGAAAACCGGGGAAGAAACUCCCGAACCGUCGCUAAAAGCAUCUCUCCAAUGCGAAGGAGGUCCGGGCCUGCCGCACCACCUGCGUCAUCAGCAGUUGCACAGAGACGCGAAUUUAGGCAGUACGAUCAUCUCCUCGCUAUUGGCGGCCGGUGCCGAGGGUUCCGGAGAAUCGGAACCGGAUCAGUCGCGUUUGGAAAGGCUGAUCGAGAGAAGUACCUUGGGCGCUAUCGGAGAGGCGGCGAAUAAUGCCGGCUACCACAUGCGGCUGAGCUUGGGCGACGAGUACCAGUCGCAGGAUAUGCAGGCGCUUGGGGAUUUUUAUGUCGCUAUGACCGAAGACCCCCAAUCUGAGAACUUGCUGCAUGUCUACGAUAAGUUUGGUACUUAUACUUUAUCGUCGUCGACAUGCAAGAAUGUGAAGAUCAUACACAGGUUUAAGUAUUCGACUGUGUGGCCGUCUAUAGUUAUAAGAAGCCUUGAGUGAGUACUGAUACAUUGUUACUUGCAAGCGUAAGAUCGGUUUGUCUUCAAAGUCUCAAUCUGUAUAAUGUGCAUAUUACAAGUGGACAUAAGUUUAUUUUUUGAAAUUCGUUCAUAUUGGGUCUGUUCCUGAUUCCAGGGAUAAUUAUUUCACAUAAUUUUGAUUAAUCUUCCUGUAGCAAUUUAUAACACCGUCCUGAACGAAAUACCCCCGAAAGAUUGCAGGCUCCUUGAUUUUGUCCGCAAAGAAUAAAAUUCUUGUGCGUUUUUCCACAGUCUCACCCCGUACUUGAAACCAAAGAUAGAUAAUAAGAAGCUAGAACCGCACUGUACCGACUCAGGAAAGGCGAUACCAUCGGUACCGUUGAACACUCUGAUCAAGUCGAUCCUGAAACAUCGGCUGCCCAGCUCACCGGAAAAGGAUCUGAUCGAGUUGCUGGGACUUAUGGCGAGCGAUCAAAAGAUGUCGUUGAAAGAGUUGGGUACCAGAAUUGGACUUGCUUUGAAAGAGAAUACCACGUCUUGGAUCUUGGCCACUGCUUCGGCGAUUUAUUGGAGGAUUCUGGGCAACACAGAAGAGGCUGUCACAUGCCUGAAACUGGCGUUAGCUUAUGUUCCUUCGGACAAGAUGGACAUACCGCUACAUCAUCUCGCGAACUUAUUGAAUAGGGUUGGUUUCCACGUCAACGCCCUUGAAUUGGCCCAGUUGGCUUUGAAGACACAUCACAGUUUCGUGCUGAACCAUUUCACCGUCGCCAACAUCCAUAUUUCUUUGGGAGAAUAUGAAAAGGCAGUAGCGUUCUACCGGGCAAGUUUGGCGCUGGAUUCUAACUUCGAGCCAGCUCGAGUCAGGCUUCAGGCGGUGCUAUGCAUGUUGCUGUUCGACGAUCCAAACAUUCGGAAGCAGACUGAUGCAGACUGAAAUAUAUCUCACAUAAUUAUUGAUACGUUCAAAAUGAAUAUAAAUAUACACAUAUUUAUUGACAGCAUA